AUGCUUGCAAGUGAAACUGAAGAAAAAUCCAUCAUCACGCCGUCUUCCGACGAUAUCGAUCAACCACAAGACAACAAGGAUGAUGAUACAACAAAAACAACACAUAAUGAAGCAAAGCUAAACAAAGAAGAUGAUCGUUUUGAAAACACAAAAGAAAGUAGCACUACGACAACAGCUACUUCUGAAGCUGCUUCUUCAAAUCAAGAACAACAAGAAAAACAAACAAAUCAAUCAUCAUCGGAAAAGAGAAAGGAACGAGAGUUUGAUCAUAGGAGAGAUUAUGGACGAUCCAAUGAUAGAUAUUAUAAUAAUAGGUACGAUGAUAGACGUUCGGAUUACAAACGAGAUUACCGAAGAGAUGACCGAUACGAUAACCGAAGAGAGGACAGACCAUAUAGUCGACGAGACGAUAGAGGAUAUUCAGGAAAUUAUGACAGACCAUACUACAAUAGAAGAGAUGACCGAUUUGAUCGGAACAGAUCUGAAAAGAAACAAACUCAACAAGAAAACGUUUAUAUACCUCCUUUCAAGUUAAGAAAAAUGCAACAAGAAACAACGGAUACGUCAAGCGAAGAAUUUCAAAAGUUAAAUUGGGAAGCGCUUCAAAAGACUUUGAACGGUAUUGUGAACAAAGUGAAUGCAACAAACUUGGCUGACGUUAUUCCUGAGGUUUUUGCGGAAAAUAUCGUAAGAGGAAAGGGAUUGCUAGUGAAAGCUAUUAUUAAGGCGCAAAAUGCUUCCAAUCAAUUUAGUAAUGUUUAUGCUGCUUUGACUGCAGUCAUAAACACAAGAAUUCCAGAAAUCGGAGAAUUAUUGCUUAAACGAGUGGUAGUGCAGUUUUUAAAGGCAUACAAGAGGAACGACAAACAAAAAUGCAUUUCUUCUUGUCACUUUAUUGCUCAUUUGGUGAAUCAGCAAGUAGCAAGUGAAAUUCUCGCAGGACAAGUUCUAACGUUGCUGCUUGAAAAAGCUACUAAUGACUCGGUAGAAUUAGCUGUCACAUUUGUGAAAGAGUGUGGCAAAACAUUACUCGACAUCGCACCUAAAAUUUUAACAGCAGUUUUUGAGGCCUUUAGGAACAUUCUACACGAGGGACAAAUUGAUAGACGUGCCCAAUAUAUGAUAGAAACAUUGUUCAAUAUACGAAAACUAGAGUUUAAGGAUUAUCCAUCUAUAAAAGAGGAGUUGGAUCUUGUGGAAGAUGAUGACAGAAUUAUCCACGAUUCUAUUGAGCUUUCUAGUGAUUUAGAUACAGAGGAUCAUCUUGACAAUUUCCAAUAUGAUCCAAACUUUGAAGAGAAUGAAGCUAGAUACAAGGAAAUCAAGGAAGAAAUAUUAGGAGAAGGAGAGGGAGAAGAAGAAGAAGAAACCAAGCCAGCAGAAUUUGUGCAAGAAAUUCAAAAUUUGGAGGCUGCUCCCGAAUCAAGCACCACCACAACAAAGCCAACACUUCUCGAUCCAAAAACCAAAACAGACGAAGAGUCCACCAAUCUUAAGCGAAAAAUUUACCUUACUAUCAUGUCGUCACUUACUUUUGACGAUUGUGCUCACAAGCUUUUGAAAUCUGGACUUGCUAAAGAGCAUGAUAUGGAAGUAUGUUCAAUGAUCAUUGAAUGCUGCAGUCAAGAGAGAAGUUAUUUGGACUUUUAUGGCAGUUUGGGGGAACGAUUUUGUAGUUUGUCUGAUAAUUUUAGGAUUGACUUUGAAGAGUGUUUCAAAAUCCAAUAUGGUAUUUUACAUAGAUAUGAAACCAGUAGAUUGAGAAAUAUUGCCAAAUUUUUUGCUCAUUUGCUAGUUUCUGACUCCAUCUCAUGGUCCAUAUUUUCCAAUGUCAAACUCACUGAAACAGACACCACUUCGUACAGUAGAAUUUUCCUCAAAGUGCUCUUCCAAGAAUUGAAAAGCAAACUAGGAACAGAAAAUAUCAAACAGCGAUUAUUGAAUGACGAAGAACAUCAGCAAUACUAUGUUGGAUUAUUUCCCAAGGAUAAUCCAAAGGUACUUCGGUUUGCAAUUAACUUUUGGAUUUUAAUUGAACUUCCACAAUUGGCUGAAGGUCUAAAAGCAUAUCUUAAAGAAAUGGCUACCAAAGUCACAGAAUCUAGCAGCAGUGAAUCUGAAAGUGAAGAAUCCGAUAGUAGUGAGUCAGAUGAUUCAUCCUCUGACACCUCAUCUGAUGAAGAAUAA